CAUUUUUGACUAGUUAAUUGAAUUCCCCAAUUUUAAGCAUCUCUCUCAGUCUCUCUAUUGCAUUGCGCCACCAACUACUGCUUCACCAACCUUGCUCCUCGGCGGACGCUCCGAGGCUCUUCAUUCUCUUCUCCGAUCUCAGAUCUCGAGCUCAGGCCUUCGAAAUGCAGAGUUCUGCUGUUACCUUAUCGCCUUCUCUCCCUCUUCUCAAGCCUCGAAGGCCUCGGAGCUCGACCUUCACCUCUGGAUUUAACUCAAUUCGGCUAUCUUCUUCGUCUUCCGGCAAUUCCAGAGAUCUCGGAGACCUGAAUAAUGUUGGACUGUCUUCCUCUUGGCCUCGGCGAUCCUGGACUCUGUCGUCGUCUCCGUUUUCUUCCUCAAAACUGAGGCCAUGGACCGGUGCGCCCUUGCUUGCUUCGGAGUCCGAUGCGAGUAUUUUCAAGGUUCAGGCCACUGCGGUGCCGGACAGCGCAGGGGAGAGUGCCAGUGCUGGCGGUAGCCUAGCGAAAACGUUGGAGCUUGGAUUGUUGUUUGGCCUCUGGUACCUUUUCAACAUCUACUUUAACAUCUACAACAAGCAGGUCCUCAAGGUAUAUCCAUUCCCUGUAACUGUCACCGCAGUUCAAUUUGCUGUUGGCACUGUACUUGUUCUUCUUAUGUGGGGACUUAAUCUCUACAAAAAGCCAAAGAUUAGUGGUGCUCAGCUUGCUGCUAUUCUGCCGCUGGCAUUCGUUCACACCUUGGGAAAUCUUUUUACAAACAUGAGUCUUGGGAAAGUGGCUGUAUCAUUCACUCACACAAUCAAAGCUAUGGAGCCCUUUUUUUCAGUGGUCCUGUCAGCAAUGUUUCUUGGAGAGAUUCCUACUCCAUGGGUACUUGCAUCCCUUCUGCCAAUUGUUGGUGGUGUUGUACUAGCAUCUGCCACCGAGGCCUCCUUCAACUGGGCUGGAUUUUCGAGUGCAAUGGCAUCCAAUUUGACUAAUCAAUCUCGUAAUGUCCUUAGCAAAAAGGUCAUGGUGAAAAAAGAGGAUUCAAUUGACAACAUCACGCUCUUUUCAAUUAUAACAGUCAUGUCCUUUUUCUUAUUGGCUCCUGUGGCUAUCUUCAUGGAAGGUGUCAAGUUUACUCCUGCAUACCUUCAAUCAGCUGGAUUGAAUGUGAAACAAGUUUGCGCAAGGUCUCUUCUUGCUGCCCUUUGUUUCCAUGCAUACCAACAGGUUUCUUACAUGAUAUUGCAAAGAGUAUCGCCUGUUACCCACUCAGUAGGCAACUGUGUAAAGCGUGUUGUGGUCAUCGUGAGCUCUGUUAUCUUCUUCCAAACACCUGUUUCUCCUAUCAACUCUCUUGGCACUGGAAUAGCUCUUGCUGGGGUUUUCCUGUAUUCAAGGGUGAAGCGCAUCAAAGCUAAGCCGAAGACAGCUUAAAAAUCCCCCCCAUGAAAUUUUGCCUUAGUAAGUUGGUUUGCUAGAUGAAAAAAAUCCAUCAAUGAUUUGUUUGUAGUUGUGAUCCAUGUAGAAAACACCGGUAAGGUAAGGUUUUUGUUCUUUUCAGUUUUGUACUAUUUCUUUCUGUCCUCCAGGAUGACUUUUAUUCUUUGUGGAUAGAUAGCCAUCUUCAUUCCCUCAGGACAGUCCUGUGUCCUUCUCAAUUUACUUGCAUUACCACACGGUUUGCAUGGUUUUUAGUAUCCAAAAUAUGAGAUGAAAUGGUAGCGAACAUUUUAAAAGCUUUCAGAUUUAAA